AUGGAUGAAGCAGGUGGCCACUCCAUUCAUGGCCGACGCUUCCAUGGCCUACAGCAACUGCUGUUCUUGGCAUUGCUGUGCUUCUCUUUCCUCUUGUGUUCGGCAGGCGAGGAAUCCUUAUCUAGGCGGCGGUCUCAUGUCCAGCGGCAUCUGAAACGCCUGAACAAGCCCGCUGUCAAGAAUAUCCAGGUUCACCUCCCCUAAUCUUCGGUUAAUCUCAUUUGGGCUCUGAUUCUUGACGGACUAGACCGAUUGAAAUAUCCUGUUUUCUUCUCGUUCUGUCGUUAGAACAGAUGAAUCUGCAGAAACGUUUCCAUGUCGUAAUGCUCUCUCCCUUCUGUUUUCUCGUCUACGGAGUCGAUGAGAUGUCAUUCUAUCCAUUUCUCCGGCUCCUCGGUCAAAUCUUGCAAUGGGGAGCCCGCAUUUAAUUCUAGUUUCGUGGGUCCGAACUAAAUCCUGAUACCUCCCUGACUCUCUGAGAUUUGCAGAGCCCAGAUGGAGAUACGAUAGACUGUGUUCAUGUCUCCAAUCAACCCGCAUUCGAUCACCCUUUCCUCAAGGACCACGCGAUUCAGGUGGGCUUUGGAUGUCUUCGGGUUCUCGCCUCCAAUCUUUUGCAAUCUGUUUCUCCGAUUGAAGGACCGAUCCCUUUGAGAUGAGCAGAUGAGGCCCAGCUUCCAUCCCGAAAGGAUCUAUGACGAGAACAAGGUUGAAGAACUCUCGGGUCGGAAAAGCAGCACCAUGGCCCAGAUGUGGCACCAGAAUGGGCGGUGCCCGGAGAACACCAUCCCCAUCAGGAGAACGAAGGGAGAGGACCUUCUCAGGGCAAACUCUGCGAAGAGAUACGGGAGGAAGAAGCACAGAGAACCUCCGAAACCCAAUUCUGUCGAUUCUGAGACGAAUAACGGCGGUGGGCACCAGGUACAUUGUGAAGACCUCGGUGGGCACGAAAGCCGUCGUUCUUUGGGGUUUCCUCUUUUCUUCCCUUUCUCAUCCCCUUUUUCCUUGAGCAGCAUGCGAUUGCUUAUGUAGAAGGAGACAGAUACUACGGGGCAAAAGCUACCAUAAAUGUGUGGAACCCAAAGAUUCAGCAGUCCAAUGAGUUCAGCCUCUCUCAGUUUUGGAUACUGGGUGGCCCUCUUGGGGGAGAUUUCAACAGCAUUGAAGCUGGGUGGCAGGUGAUCCUCCAUAAGAUUCCAGCUAUGAGACGGAGAAUGCCGAUGAUACUGCAAGGAAUGUAGGCUAAUCUCUUCCCUCUCCUUUCACUCUCUUGUCUGAAUCAGGUCAGCCCUGAUCUCUAUGGAGACAACAACACAAGGCUAUUUACCUACUGGACGGUGAGACCGCAUUCCUUCUCAUGUAUGUCGUAUUCUGGUUUCAAUAUGCCCCAUCUUCUGUUUGGGGGGCUACAUCGAUUCCACUGGAUUCCAUGGCUGAAUAGAGAGGUCAGAGUUUCAAACAGUGUACUUACUGUUCCUGGUCCAACCCCCGUCCUUCGUCUGAUGUCGACCCUCUGAUGAUGUGAGGGUUUUAUUUAUCGAUUGAUUUAAAAUAUAUUUGAUCAGCAACAAAUGGGCUCUAUUCAGAACUGAUUUAUUUAAGUGAUUUUUUAUUUUUUUUGGUUGUUGUUCUUGUUCGUGGUGGUUGGCGCUUGCCUGUGGUGAUCACAACGAGCCAGAGUGAUGCUUAUCAAGCAACAGGCUGCUACAACCUCCUCUGCUCUGGCUUCGUCCAGAUCAACACUGAGAUAGCAUUGGGGGGCAGCAUCUUCCCGAUCUCUGCUUACCACGGCUCCCAAUAUGAUAUCAGUAUCCUUAUCUGGAAGGUAUUUUUAAUUCAUCCGAAGGGAUCCCAGAAUGACAGAAAACCAUGAUAAUCCUUUGUUUAAUUCAAAUAUUCUAUGAAAUUAUGAAACUUUACUUUUCAAAAAUUCUUUUCUGAUUGCCUUUUUUUCUUUAAAAUGAGAAGGACCCGGGGGGGAAUCACUGCAAGCCAUGAUGAUCUUUCUUUUAUUCAAACUUUUUGAUGAAAGCAUGAACUUUGUUGAAACCAUUUCGAUUCUAUUAUUUGAUUUUUUUUAAAAAGGAGACAGGACCCAGAAGGAGAAUCAAUGAUAACCUCGAUGAUCUCCUGUUAAAUUAGAAAUCUCCCAUAAAAUCGUGGUAUUUUAUUAAGAAAUUCUGAAGCUCGAUGUUCUUUUUAAAAAAUAAAAAGGGGCGGGACCAAGGGGGAGAAUCACUGAAAACCCUGAUGAUCUUGGGAAAAUUGUCAUUUCUUGAUAAGUUUCUCCGAAAAAAAAAUGGACAGGAUCCAGGGGGAGAAUCACUGAACACCUGAUGCUCCUCGUGAAUUAAAAAUCGUGAAACAUCAUUGAAAAGCUUCCGUUUUUUUCAAGAUUUCUCUGUUCUUCCAUGCGCAGGACCCAAAGGGCGGCAACUGGUGGAUGCAGUUUGGGAACGACUAUGUGCUCGGCUACUGGCCCUCUUCCCUCUUCUCCUACCUGGCGGACAGCGCCACCAUGAUCGAGUGGGGAGGAGAGGUGGUGAACUCUGGGGCGGAUGGGCGGCACACCUCAACCCAGAUGGGGAGCGGGCACUUCCCCGAAGAAGGCUUCGCCAAGGCCAGCUACUUCAGGAACAUCCAGAUCGUCGACGAUUCCAACAAUCUCCGGGCCCCCGAUGGGAUCGACUCCUUCACCGAGCAAUCCAACUGCUAUGAUCUUGAGAAUGGGAACAAUGGCGAAUGGGGCACCUACUUCUACUAUGGCGGCCCAGGAAGAAGUGAGAAUUGCCAAUAA